CUAAAUCUGAACACUACAAUCUCCCAGCCCACAUUAUUACAAUCUAAUCCCAUCUGACGUAUCAAACACGCCCAUAGUGUAAUCUUAAAUACAGUUCCGAGAUGCCGAGAAAGUAAAAAACAAUUCGAAGAAAGUUGUGGGGUAGCGAAAAACACCGAAAUUUGUGCUGUAGCUUGCAGCAAAUGGUGGAACUCUGAUGAGAAAUAGCACUUUGGACUGUGUAUAUUCAUUGGAACUGGAAGCCUUUUAAUAUGGCAACAUAUUAUACGUGCCUAACCAGAAACCCCAUAAACGUUCAUCGCGGCUUUCUGCUCUUCAUAUUUACCAACAAAAGUUUUAUCACGAACAUAUCUUGUGCAGUUCGUUUGGUACAGAGAAAUUUGAUUUGCAGCAUUGCCAACAGAAGCACAGUGGAAGCUUCUCUCAUAUCCGCUUUCACAAGAAGACCCAUUUGUUUAGAGUCCCCUGAGCUUCAAGAACUUAGCCCAAAGCUCACUCCUGAAGUGGUUGAAUCUGUAUUGAAAUCUCUCAGAAAUUGGAGAUUAGCCCAGGUGUUCUUCAACUGGGCUUCAAAGCAAUUAGGGUACUCGCACAGUUGCUACACGUAUAAUGCUAUGGCUGCAAUCCUAUCAACUGCUCGACAAAAUGCCCCACUAAGGGAUCUUGCUGUGAGUCUAUCUAAAUCCCCCUGUAUUUGGACCCCAGGGGCUUUGGGAUAUUUUUUGAGGUGUCUCGGUAGUCAGGGUUUAGUUGAAGAAGCUAAUUCUUUGUUUGAUCAGGUGAAAACAUCCGGACUUUGUGCCUUAAAUUCAUAUAGUUAUAACUGUUUGUUGGAAGUGUUUGCAAAAAGUGGCAAUGUUUUUAUGUUGGAGUGUAGGUUGAAUGAGAUGAGAAGUUCCAGUUGUCCUGUGGAUAAGCAUGCUUUAACCCCUGCAUUGCAGUGCUACUGCAAUGCUCGAAAGUUUGAUAAGGCCUUGAUGGUCUUUAAUGAACUGAUUGAUAAGGGAUGGGUCGAUCAGCAUAUAUUGGCUAUUUUAGUUUUGUCUUAUAGCAAGUGCGGGAAGGUUGAUAUGGCUUUUGAGUUGAUUGAGUGGGCUGAGAAGAAUCUCAAGGUAAGCUUAAAUCAGAAGACAGCAUGGGUUUUGAUUCAUGGGUUUGUGAAGGAGUGUAGAGUAGAUAAAGCUCUAGAACUAUAUGAUAAAAUGAUAAACCUUGGAUUUCUGCCAGAUAUUUCUGUUUACGAUGUGCUAAUUGGAGGUUUAUGUAAGGAUAAGGAACUGGGGAAAGCCGUGCUGCUGUACAAGAACAUGCAGCAAUUCGGGAUUUGGCCUGAUGUACGGAUAAUUACCCGGCUUUUAGUGUGUAUGCCGGAAGAGAGGGACCUGAUUCAAUUGCUUGAAGAUAUUAGUAUGAAUUUGAAUGCGGGGAAAAGGAUGCAGUUGUACAGUUCUGUUCUGACAGGUCUUGUCAAUGAUAAUAAUGUUGAUAAAGCAUAUCACCUGCUCAAGGCAGUAAUAGAAUCUGGCCUGAAUGGAAGCAGUCGGGAAAAAAUAUCUUCAACUAUUGAACAACCUGACACGAGUUGUUUCCAAACUGUUAUUGAUGGUUUGUGUAAUACUGGUAAGCUAGAUAUGGCCUUAGAUCUGUUCCAGGCUAUGGAUAAAAGUGGUUCAAAACGUAACACUUUACUUUUCAAUAACUUAAUCCAUUGCUUAAGCAACGCUGACAGAUUGAAAGAAUGCUUUGAUCUGCUGAAUGAGAUGAAGCCUUCAGAAUUCAAGCCAACACAUUUCACCUUCAAUUGCAUACUUGGCUGCCUAUGCAGAAGAAUGGAUGUUGAAGGAGCUCUUGGUUUGUUGAGGGAAAUGCGUGGUUGUGGCCAUGACCCCUGGAUAAAGCACUAUACGCUGCUUGUCAAGAAAUUGUGCGAAGUUGGUAAGGCAUCUGAGUCGUAUAACUUCCUUUCUGAAAUGACUAAAGAAGGUUUUCUUCCUGACUUGAUUGCAUUUGCUGCAACUAUUGAUGGUUUUAUCAAUGUCAACGAAUUGGAUCACGGUCUGAAACUGUUCAGAGAAAUUUGUGAACGAGGUUAUUGCCCUGAUGUAGUCACCUAUAACACCAUCAUCAAAGGACUUUGUAAAGCCAAAAGAACAGCAGAAGCUGAGGACAUUUGGGAUGAGAUGCUUGGUAAGGGGCUUGUUCCAUCAGUGGCUACCUACAAUCUGCUAAUUGACGGGUGGUGUAAAGAUGGAAAUAUUGAUAAGGCUGUUCAAUAUUUUUCAAGGAUGAUAGAAGAAGGACAGGAAGCCAGUGUCAUUACUUAUACAACUUUAGUUGAUGGAUUGUGUAAUGCGGGAAAACCUGAUGAAGCUCUUAACCUUUGGAGCGAAAUGGAGAGAAAAGGAUGUGAACCUAAUAGGAUCGCGUACAUGGCUCUUAUACAUGGGCUUUGCAAGUGCCAGAAGCCGGAUGUUGCUUUAAUCUAUUUGGAGAGGAUGGAAGAGAAUGAGAUGGUACCGGAGUCUUAUGUAUACAAAUCUUUGGUGGAUGCUUUUGCAUUUAGCUCCAACACUGCCAUGGAAAAUGAAAUAUUAAAGAAGAUGGCCAAACGGUGUACUGCAUCUACAAGCAGAUUAAUGAUGACGAGUUUAUACUACAGUAACAGUUGUAUGAAGCAUGUCUACUUUGUCAAUGCAAGAACAGGGCUAUCCUCCAAAAUGAUUGCUAUGCGUAUUGCGGAUAGUUACUUUGUAUGUGAAGUGCAUUGGGUGCUGUUUUUUCUGUAAAGACACGGAUAAGACUUGCUUAUCAUCAUUUUCUCCUAGGAGAACUUUGUUCAUGUAUCACCUAUUGUGUAGAAAUCUCCUUCCAGAAAGUUACUAUCGUGUGUAUCUGGUGACUACCGUAGAUUGAUAUGGUGUGUCUGCAUAAGAUAACAGGAGCCCUUGAUGCAAAUAUUUUUUUGGUUGCCAUUGGACUCACGCAUCAUCAUCUCAAAUACCAGAACAAAAUGCUCUUGCCACUUGAAAUGUGGAGGCAUAACAGUUGUCAUAGAUUCUGUUGAUAAAAUGGACUUCACAAGCUCCUAAAUUGUACGCAUUUGUUCGUUUUAUAAUAAAGAAUCCAGC